UACUGUUUAUUUAUCUAACCCUCUUUCCCCAUGUUUAUACUGUUCUUGCGUUUUUAUUCACUCUGUUUGUUUGACUUUGAACACUGCAAUAAUGGAAUUACAAUUGAAUAUAAAAUGGAUUUUUAUAAUCUCUAUCAACUUGCAAAUAUGGAGUUUUGUAUACAUGUCAGUGAUGUAUGGUGAGUUACACUCUCCUAAUUACCCUGAACAUUAUCCAGCUCCCCUUUAUAAACACUGGGACCUGGAGGUGCCUCUUGGCUAUCACAUUCAGAUCAAUUUCAACUAUCUCAAUAUCAAGCCUUCACAAGGCUGCCGGAACGAAUCUCUCACGAUAUCCUAUAAGGAGAAAGUGAUGAAGUACUGUGGUGACCAGGAUUCAAAGAGCCACAGUCAUCCAGGAAACAGUUCCAUUUUCAUACCCACCGCUAAAGUAAAGCUUUCACUUUGUACUAAUGAAGUGAACCAAGGGCCUACCCUUCCUGUGGGCUUCUCUGCAUUUUACCAGGCUAAAGAUAGAGAUGAAUGUUCGAGUCAAGUUCCUCCCUGCACUCAAAUCUGCCUCAACACCAUGGGCUCAUACCUUUGUGCAUGCUAUCAUGGCUUCAAGCUGGAUGCUGAUCAGCGCACAUGUGUUCGUGAGUUUUACACUAAACAAGAUUUUAAAACAAGUGAUCCUGAUCGUGAUAGCACAUCCUUUAAUAAUACUGUAUACAUCCUGACAUCCCACAUGAUCACUACACAUGCAUAUGCUGGGCAUAAUAAUUUAAAUGAAAUGGAAAAGUAUAUCACCCUUAAUAUAUCAUCAAUCCAUAUACAUGAAAUCUACACUACAGAAUUUGACAACGAUAUUGCCCUAAUUAAGCUCAAGUCACCAAUCACAUUCAGUGAGAAUAUCAGGCCAGUUUGUCUACCACCAAAGCCUGCUGAAUGGAAGAAGUACACAGGGUUGGUAUCUGGUUAUGGAUUAAUCGAUGAUGAGACGGGUGGAUUUCAAGUUGCCGAUGAACUGAUGUAUGUUGAUGUUCCUUCUGUGGACCAACAUACAUGUAGAGCAUCCUUUGAAAAGGAAAGACGUAUUAACAACCAAAUACCCCAUGUUACAGACAACAUGUUUUGUGCUGGUUUAAGUGGGGGUGGAAAGGACUCAUGCUUUGGAGAUAGUGGGUCAGCCUUUGUUGUACGAGAAAAGGAUGUAUACUCUGCAGUAGGUAUCGUUAGCUGGGGUUUACAUCUCUGUGGCUCUCAAGGCACAUAUGGAGUGUAUACCAAAGUGUCACAGUACCUUGACUGGAUAAACAAGACAAUGAGUGAAAACUAAUUAUUGUUUCCAGUAGUAGUUUGGUUUAUCUACCAAUUAUAAGCAAUUAUAGUUUUUGGUUUAAUAAUUUGAAAUGUUAUAGAAUGUUACAAUUUUAGACAUGAGACAUUAUUUUCC